CACAUUCACACCUAAUCCAAAACGCUAAAAGAGAGAAAAACUUAAAUUAAAAUCAAAAUUAACAGAUAAAACUCUACAAGCUUCUCUUCCACCUCAACCGUCACACAACGCCGGCGAUUUAAACUCGCCGGUGAAAUGAACAUCCCGGCGAACAUCUCUUCAUUUUCUAUGAACAAUGCACGUCUCGCCAAUCAUCGCCGUCACGUGUUCCAUGAAAACACUUAUCUCCAAACAUUUUUCACCUCUUUCUUCUCAACUCGCCUAGUUUAGAAGUUGUAUCAUACUUUUUUAUUUCCCCUCUAAAAAUGGAUAACAGACGAUAGAGUAGAGUUGCUUGAACGAAGAUUUACAGAGAAUUUUGUUCUUGCGUGUAUUUUCCUUUUUUUUUUUUUGUUGUUGUAAAUCCAUGCCUCCGAUGAAGAUCCAACCGAUCGACAUCGAUUCAGAAAAGCUAAAGCAAAUGACAACGGUAGUUCGAAACGACGCCGUUAAGCCUGUGUUGAAAUCGCGGCUGAAAAAGCUGUUCGUGUUCGACCGGCAAUUUACGAGCGUGUUAAAGACUUCCUCAACCUUUUCAGAGAAACCUAUCGCCGGCGAUGCUCCACUUCCCGGCGAUAGAUUCACUCAAGAGUUCGAACCGAGCUCCGUUUGCUUAGCCAAAAUGGUGCAGAGUUUCAUUGAAGAGAGCAACGACAAACACCAAACGGCAACGAAAUUCACUCGAAAUAGCUGCAACUGCUUUAACGGCAACAGUAACGAUAUCUCCGACGAUGAACUCGAUUUCUUCGGUGAAUCAAUCACUUCCGGUUCAUUUAACGAUGCCGGUGACGCUCUCAAGAGUUUGAUUCCUUGUGCUAGUGUUGCGGAGAGAAACCUCUUAGCUGACACGUCGAAAAUAGUUGACAAAAACAGCAAGUUCUACAAACGAAAAGACGAAUUGAGAAAGGUCGUUACAGAAAACCUUUCAUCUCUAGGUUACGAUUCUUCCAUAUGCAAAUCAAAAUGGGAUAAAACGUUAACUUACCCCGCUGGUGAAUAUGAAUACAUCGAUGUGGUAGUGGAAGGUGAGAGGUUCAUAAUUGAUAUCGAUUUUCGAUCGGAGUUCGAGAUUGCUCGAUCGACGGGAGCGUUCAAAACGAUCCUUCAGUUUCUUCCUUACAUUUUCGUUGGGAAAUCGGAUCGCCUCUGUCAGAUCGUUGCCGUUGUAUCGGAGGCGGCGAAGCAGAGUUUGAAAAAGAAAGGAAUGCACGUUCCGCCGUGGAGGAAGGCGGAGUACAUGUUAGCCAAGUGGAUCUCCACCUCCUGCACCAGAGCGACUCCGUCGCCGACAUCUGCCGUGCGUGAGUUUACGGAGGAUCUGAGCGACGGUGAUAGUGCUUCCGCAGAGAGUGAUUGUGGUGAUUUUGAACUGAUCUUCGGCGAUAAAAUAUCUUUGCCGGAUUCGGAAACUGCUUCUGGGGGUGAGAAAAGCUUGCCGACGGUGGCUACGCCAACGUGGCAAUUGCCGGCGGUGAAAGUGAAGAGUGUUGAGAGAGGCGCGAAGGUGGUGACCGGAUUAGCCUCUCUUCUCAAAGACAAACAAUAGAAGAAAAUUUUGCACUUUUUUUCGAAACGUUAAUUAAAAAAAAAAUUAAAAUCAAAAGCCUUUUUCUUUAAUCUUUUUUUAAUGUUUACUCUUUCAGAUUUCUCUUUGUUUUUCGCCUUUUAUUUUUGCUCUGCAACAAAGGGAUUCUGUAAGAAGUAACUAUAAACAUUACCACUCGUUGUAAUAAAAUAGCUGAAAAAAGAGUAAAUAUUUGAAGAGAAAAAAAAACAAAGUAGAAAGCACUAGUCUGUGUUUAUUCUAUGGUUUGAAAAA